UUAGCACUUCUCGCGAGUUGCCUCCUCCACGUCCACGUCGCCUCAACCUCGACACUGCAACGCUGCGCGGUAGCGUCAAGACACACAAGACGCGACGGAGAAGAGUGAUGGAAACAUGGAGUCGAGGGAGGCGGGCCCCUGCAGAUUUAGUACAGGACCCAGGUGAGUCGCUCGCCCACUUGCGCAUGCAUGCGUACGCUCGCCAGCCCUUCUCGCCCGCCCGUCUUCUCGCCCGCCCGUCUUCUCGCCCGCCCGUCUUCUCGCCCACCCGUCUUCUCGCCCGCCCGUCUUCUCGCCCACCCGUCUUCUCUCCCACCCGUCUUCUCAUCAGCCCACAUCCACCUCACUCCCUCACUCACCUCGCUCCGGUCGGGCAACCGACUCCGCACGAGCUCGACGAGCGCCUUGCCCCCCAGAUGCCCGCCCCACCGGAAGUCGACCUUGGUGAGCCGCAGACAGAGCCCAUGCGGGCCAUGCAGCAGGCGGAGCGUCUCGUCCGAGAUGGAGCUCUCGUGCAGCCGGCGCUCGCGGAGAUGGGUGAGCGCGCGGAAGGCCGCCGCGAACGUCUCCGGGGCCAGGUCCAUGUCGUGCAGCCAGCGGGUCGGCGCCCGUUCCGAAGUCCAGCGCCUCGACAAGGAUUUCGGUGAACGACGACGGCGCGGGAGAAGGCGGUGGCGGUAGCGGAAGAUGCGGGCGUGAGCAUGCAGAACGUGAGUGCGGCGGUCGGGGAUGUGCUCGUG